AUGGACUGCAUCGUCCUGGCCUUCGGCGCUCGCCGCCGCGUUAUUGCGCGGCCCGACACGUACGGCGAGCUCCUCACUCAGGCUCGCCAAAUCUACGACAUCGACGCGGGCAUCAAAUUCCACCCGUGUAUGGAGUACCGCCUUGCCUCGGGCACCGUCGUCAAGGUCGAGGUCGACGCCUCGGCCUACUCGCUGGUCAAGGACGGCACCGAGGUCCGCUGCGAGCUCGUCCACGAGCAGCACAACCCCAAAUUCCAGGUCUCGGCCCAGCAGCAGGUCGGCUCGGACACCCCAGGGUGGGGCCACACCAUCGGCGCCGCGCCAGGGCACGAGGCCCAGGGCGGCCGGAAGAGCGCCGGUGAGCACCAGAGAUCGCCGCUAGCUGCCAAUCAGAGCUGCAGCAGCAGCAGCAGCAACAACAGCAACAGCAAUAGCAACAGCAACAGCAACAGCAACAACCAGACGGAGCCCACGAGCGCCCCCGCCUCCUCCCCCUCGCUGGUAGUAAGCGCCAGGCCGGCGUCGCACUCGGGGUUCUCCCCCUCUGGCAGCCCGCGAGUGGCGGGCACCUUCGCGCUGUCGAUGCCAGCACAACCGGUGCCGAGCACCUGGGUCCCGUACCCAUCGAACUUCGACGACAGCCCGACGCGCAAGCGGCGUCAGGGAAUGAAGACGACGCGCCGGAAGAUCCCAGCAUGGAAGAAGCCCAAGGUCUCGAGCGCGACCUUUGCGAACCCCGAGGACGAGAAGCCGGCCCAGAUUUAA